AGUUAAACAUGUGUUCCAUGGCCCACAACUGUGAGAGGUCUUGUACUAUUUAUCGUUAUAAUCCGUGGGCUUGUGGCGCGUGCAUUGCCAGAGAGUUCGGUGGCUGCUGAACACAGCUGCCCGAAGUUAAUGAUUCAGGAGCCACCAUCUGCGCUGAGCUGUCUCCGAGGACGGCACACAGACCCAUCCAGAGGCAAGGCAGUGCUCAGGCUCACAAAUUAACAUCCUGAUCCUCAGAAAACUUUCCAGGUAGAAGGGCCAGUUUUCUGAACUUUAAAACUUCAGGGGAGGGAGCUGAAGAUUAAAUCCUGGAGUCUGCCCCAUUAGAAGAGCAGCAGCCUGGUUUCUGGUAACUACAGCAGCAGCCUUUACAUCCAGUUUUUAUUUCUCAUGAGGCUUCUUCUGGUUGGAAACUACCAAAUUUCAUCAGCCACUCCAGUGAUUUCCAGAAAAUGAAGAGUCUGAAUUGUUCUGGCUGUCUGAAGCCUAUAGCUAGAGCUCAGCUAUGAAACCUACGUAGUGGAACAUCACGCUGCUUCUCCCGUAGGGCGUGUGAUGAGGAACGGAGUUUGGCUUUGGAGUGCUCGGAACCAGAGGAAUUGCCGAGGACUCGGAGCCCAGCCCUGACCACUGGAGAGCCCACAACACGAUGAACAAAUUGAAUUUCCACAACAACAGAGUCAUGCAAGACCGCCGGAGUGUGUGUAUCUUCCUUCCCAACGAUGAAUCUCUGAACAUCAUCAUAAAUGUUAAAAUUCUGUGUCACCAGUUGCUGGUCCAGGUGUGUGACCUACUCAGGCUAAAGGACUGUCACCUGUUUGGACUCAGUGUUAUACAAAAUAAUGAACAUGUCUAUAUGGAGUUGUCACAAAAGCUGUAUAAAUACUGUCCAAAAGAAUGGAAGAAAGAGGCCAGCAAGGUACGACAAUACGAAGUCACUUGGGGUAUUGACCAAUUUGGACCUCCUAUGAUCAUUCACUUCCGUGUGCAGUACUAUGUGGAAAAUGGCAGAUUGAUCAGUGACAGAGCAGCAAGAUACUAUUAUUACUGGCACCUGAGAAAACAAGUUCUUCAUUCUCAGUGUGUGCUCCGAGAAGAGGCCUAUUUCCUGCUGGCAGCCUUUGCCCUGCAGGCUGAUCUUGGGAACUUCAAAAGGAAUAAGCACUAUGGAAAAUACUUUGAGCCGGAGGCUUACUUCCCAUCUUGGGUUGUUUCCAAGAGAGGGAAGGACUACAUCCUGAAGCACAUUCCAAACAUGCACAAAGAUCAGUUUGCACUGACAGCUUCCGAGGCUCAUCUUAAAUACAUCAAAGAGGCCGUCCGACUGGAUGAUGUUGCCGUUCAUUACUACAGAUUGUAUAAGGAUAAAAGGGAAAUUGAAGCUUCUCUGAUGCUUGGACUGACCAUGCGAGGAAUACAGAUUUUUCAGAAUUUAGAUGAAGAGAAACAAUUACUUUAUGAUUUCCCCUGGACAAAUGUUGGAAAGUUGGUAUUUGUGGGUAAGAAAUUUGAGAUUUUGCCAGAUGGCUUGCCCUCCGCCAGGAAGCUCAUCUACUACACAGGGUGCCCCAUGCGCUCCCGACACCUCCUCCAGCUCCUGAGUAACAGCCACCGCCUCUACAUGAAUCUGCAGCCUGUCUUGCGCCACAUCCGGAAGCUGGAGGAGAACGAAGAGAAGAAGCAGUACCGGGAGUCCUACAUCAGCGACAGCCUGGACCUGGACGUGGACCAGCUGGAGAAGCGGUCCCGGGCCAGCGGCAGCAGCGCGGGCAGCGCCAAGCACAAGCGCCUGUCCCGCCACUCCACCGCCAGCCACGGCAGCUCGCACACGUCGGGCAUCGAGGCGGACACCAAGCCCCGAGACGCAGGGCCGGAGGACAGCUACUCUGGCAGCGCCAUCCACCGCAAGCUGAAGACCUGCAGCUCCACGACCAGCCACGGCAGCUCCCACACCUCCGGGGUGGAGAGCAGUGGCAAGGACCGGCCGGAAGAGGACUCGCAGGACGACGAAAUAGAGAUGUUGGUUGAUGACCCCAGGGACCUGGAACAGAUGAAUGAAGAGUCUCUGGAAGUCAGCCCAGACAUGUGCAUCUACAUCACCGAGGACAUGCUCAUGUCACGGAAGCUGAAUGGACACUCUGGGUUGAUUGUGAAAGAAAUUGGUUCUUCCACCUCUAGCUCCUCAGAAACAGUUGUGAAGCUUCGUGGCCAGAGUACGGACUCUCUUCCACAGACCAUAUGUCGAAAACCAAAGACCUCCACCGAUCGACACAGCUUGAGCCUUGAUGACAUCAGGCUUUACCAGAAAGACUUCCUGCGCAUUGCAGGUCUAUGUCAAGACACUGCUCAGAGCUACACUUUCGGGUGUGGCCACGAACUGGAUGAGGAAGGCCUCUACUGCAACAGCUGCUUGGCUCAGCAGUGUGUCAACAUCCAAGAUGCUUUUCCAGUCAAAAGAACCAGCAAGUACUUUUCUCUGGAUCUCACUCAUGACGAAGUUCCAGAGUUCGUUGUAUAAAGUACGUCUGCGUGUAGCUAGCCACACAGGCAGCCUGCUGUCUGCUGGAGGCCGGAGAAGCCACGGGUUCUCUCUUUAAGUAUCGUGCCAUAUUUUCUUCACCCCACCACAUAGCUCUUUCUUUAUGAUAUUUGCAAUGGAAAUAAAAGCCUUGGGACAAUUGCACUUUAAGUAUUACACAGAGAGAAAAGAACUGCAGAGAAGGUACAGCAAGACAAGUGCCCGGAAGUUCGUGACCCUUUGGAAGGAAACAUGCUUUACUGGUUACCAAGCCUUCAGAAUAUUGAAUUGUGGUGUGUUUGUCCCUCGUUUUGUUUUUCAGUUUGAUCAUACGACAUCACAUUUUUUAUCAUGUGAAAGAUGUUAUUAGAUUGAUUUGUUUGCUUGUAAAUGUGUGUGUGUGUGUGUGUGUGUGUGUGUGUGUGUGUGUGUGUCACUCCCUCAUGCACAUGGUUUGAGGGAGGAGAGAAAGGAGAGUCUCUCCUUUUAAGGGAGAAACCAUUGCCUGGUACAUAGCCAUUGCCGCCUCGCUGGGGCUGUCCCAAAGUGAACACUAAUGAAGUGGUCAAAAUCUUGUAGUUCUAGCAAGCCAAAGAUAUGUACAUAACAGAAAUGCAGCCCGGGGCCAAGAAGACAUGAAUGAAGCAAUAACCAGAAGGCUAUGUGUGCUGUGAUGCCUUGUGACUCCUUCAUGCCUGGUCAGUGCCCUGUCCUCCUCCUGCUCUUCGAGAAAGCUCUGGGACCCAGCUAGUUUCUCGUCCGAGUAACUCAUCAGUUGUUUUCACGUCUUCGUGCAUUUUGUAGAGUUUGUAAAACCAGUUUCUGUUAAAACUAUGGAAACGUCUUAGAAAAUGUUUGUGCUUGGUGUUUUGUUUUUUUUAAAUCAACAACAAAUUGUAGUAAUGCUUGUUUCUGCUUAAGCAAAACACCCUAACUAUACAUAUAUGUUAUACAUAUAUAAAUACCUGAGAUUGUAUGUGUUUAUAUGUGUUUACAGCUUACUAACGCUUCAUUUUGGCUUCCAUGACUGUUUUGUGUACAUAAUCAUUCUUGUUUAAUAUGGAGGAGGUGUCACUGAAUGAAUGAUACCUACAGACAAUCAGUUAAUAUAUGCAGAGUUAAGAACAACUGUUUUCCCAUGUGUCUUUUGCCAUGAUUCUCAACCCUGGUUGCACACUAGAAUUAUUUGGGGAGCUUUAAAAACAAUAACACUGUCUGGAUCCCACUUCAGACCAAUAAAAUCAGUCUGUUGCAGUGAGGUCCAGGUGGAAUUGCCUUUUCCUUUAAAGCUCUCCAGAUGGAGCUAAUAUGCUACAGGGUUUAAAACCACUGCUCCAGAGGGUGUCUUUUUCUUAAUUUUGAAGUUAAGAUGUACAGAAAAUGUCAGUGUUUGAGGUAGGACCAUUUUUAAGACAGUUACUGCCACUGCUAUUAGGAUAUAUAAUGAAACCUCGUCAGGAGAGUGAAUUGAUCAACCUUUAGAUGUACAGAAACAAUGUUGUUCACACUUCAGGAGAGAACUUUAGCACAAUGUCUUUCUACGAGAUGUUUGUAAUGAUUUCGUAUUUAACGACAUUUGUUUACCAUAUUUUGAUACACCAUUUUUUCUAUCUGCCAGGUUUUCUUAAAAAAAAAUUAUAUAUUAUUUUCUAAAGAAACAGUCAUAUUUUUAUACAAAAUUAAGUUUUCAGGUAACAAAGAAAUCAAUUUAGGGUACAGCAGAACAUGCAGUGUUCCCCGGGGGCGGGAGUCAGUAUUAUGAACAUAAGGGGAGUGUGGACAAGCCUCACCUGUGCUGUGCUCGGACGCCCGCGUGUGGAUGGGGCAGGCCAGUGUGGACACUGCAAUCCCAAUCGAAUCAGUUCAACCUGACACUUGGAAAAAGGAACAGAAGUUCUAUAGAGUUUUGUAGUCAUGCGAUUAUUUUGUUUUUAUCAAAAGUUUUAAAAGAACCAAAGUUUUCAGAUACCAGAAUGUACAAGUGUCUCAGUCUUCUGUAUGAAAGGGUAGAAGGCUCAUCUAAUGACAGCUUCACUUAUAAGUAAGUGGUUAAAUAGUCCACCAUUUCUUAUAGAUGCUUAAGGGACAAAUCCUAGGAAGUUUAACUCUCAAGAGCCCAGAUCAUAAUGUGGUGCGUUUCCUUAGCUCUUAGCGUUUCUUGCAACAGCGAGGCAAAAGCAUAUUUAAUUCAGUAUGUAGCGCUUUAGUUUCUCUGUGCUUCAGCCAGAAUCAGGUCUUCAGGGUUUUGCCAGCAUUAUUGGUGGUUUUGCACACCCUCUUUCUAAUUGGGUUUAUGCAUAGUCUUGUGGGUUUUCAAAAAUGAAACAUGCUAAGGAACAUUUUUGCUUUUUGAUCCUCUAUUUGUGGCAGAAUUAUAUAUAUGUAUAUGAAAAUCCAUUUUGGUUAUCUACGUUUUGUAUUUGGAAAUUGUUUUAAAAAAUAAAAAAGGAAAAGAAACGUACGAAGCUGUUAUUUAUUCUGCAUUUGUUAAUAUCAUCGCUAGUCGGUAUACCAGUUGGUAUAUACUGCCUCGAUACAGCGACAUUUGUAUUUGCAACAAUGAGCUUUAUAUCUACAUAAACUGUAAAUAAUCCUUUCUGUGAAAGGAUCAUCAUAUCAGGAAGAUACCAAAAGUGUGUAAAAGAAAACUGCAUUAUUUUGUAAUGAUUUCUUAUAGGCAUUUCAUGGUAAGAUUAGCAGUCAAUAAAGUUACUUUUUAUUUGUCUUUAAA